GUCUCACUGCAUUGAUUGCAGAAUUUCACCUUUUUUUUUUUUAUUUUACACUCAUUUACAACCUCUUGUCAUAAAAAGUAUUGUCUCUCUCUCUCCCUUUCUUAGUACUUUCCCUUGGUCAGCCCGUCUUCUCCCUUCUCCUGUUUUAUAUCCAUUCGUCUCUUUUUGGUACUCUUUUCUCUUUUUUUUUCCGGUUCAUCGUUACUGAAUCCUUAUUUUUAUUAUUGUCCUCUCUACGUACAGUUUUAUUUUCCCUUUUUGGUGGCGUGCCUUGUCUUUCUCUUUUGUACAUGACUGGAUUGGCUAGCUUGGGCCAUACUUUAGGUGAUUUCUCAAUAUUACGCUUCAAUGCAUAAGCCAGCAUGUCGACGAAUCGUGUGGGUGGCAAUUACCCGGCUUUGCACCAUAAUCAUUCCAGAUGUUCUUCUCAGGUUUCUGGGCGGCAUGACAACCUCUGCGGCUCGUCAGGCCUGGCGGGAAAAAAUUACUCUGUUUACUCUUUAUUUAGCCAUUGCCGGCCUCUUUUGCUUUUGGCUUGAAUAUGUGUCUACGUUUUUUUGUGAUCCGGCCAAAACCUAUCCCUACGAUACAGUCUACAAUCAUACCAACUAUGCUGGCAUCAAUGGCUGGGCCGUCAAUUGGUCCGAUCAUGCUGCAUCGUCGGCCAUGGCCGCUCAAGUCAGUCAGUAUGCCGGUUACGAUCUGUCGCCCAUGUUCCCCAAUUUUAUGAAAUUGCAUCGUGACAGUCCCCACGACACUUACAACGAUCCUGUGCUUCGACACUGCAUCGCCGAUGCGGACACCGCCGCCAAAGCCGACCGUUGGCUACAGUACAAACUCACCCACGAUCCAGGUUACGUAGCGCAAAACGGUAAAUUGGUUUCUUGUCCCAUGCCCGAUCAACGCAACAAGACCGGUGCGCCUUGCUAUUAUACCCACGAUGUCAAUAUCGAAACCCAGCAGUUUGGCCUCAAAGGCAAGAUAGUCUACAAGCCUAGUUUUGUCGCCAAUAAUUGCAGCACCAUGCCUGCUCGCGGCAGUCCAGGUCGUGCCUACGUCAUUCUUGAUGGCAAUGUGCUCGAUGUCACCGAUUACCUCGAUGCCGCCACCAACAUUGUCAAGGUCUCCUUGGAUACCUACUCGCGUGCCUUUGCCAUGGAUCGAUUAUUUCUGCCCUUGGAUUUGAGUGUGUUGCUAUUUAUCAAUUUAGGAAACGACGUCACCGAUUAUAUCCAAGGCAACAUUUCCGGCGAUCCUCAACUGUACAAAGCAUGUUUAAAGACCCUCUUCUUCAAAGGCAUCGUCCCCGAUAAUAUUUCCACGGGAUGUGCCCGUAUCAAUCCAGCCUUGUGGGCAACCAUGGGAUGCGGCCUCAUUUAUUUCCUCAUCAAGAUGAAUCUGGCCAAUUUAUCCCGCAUCCAAUUCAUCCAAAAAUCCUUGUUCAAAUCGGAUCCGGAACCUUCGGCGCUAGGUCAACAUGCCCAACCUCACACCAUUCUUAUGGUACCCUGUUACGCGGAACCUUCCGACACCGUCAAACGAGCCAUUGACACCCUCGCACGCACCAAUUAUGACGACGGCAAGAAGCUCCUCCUUUUCGUGUGUGAUGGCGUGGUCAAAAAUCCUCAGGAUACCAAAGAGUCGUAUCUGUGCAUCUUGGAAGCGUUAGGCUACAGUUCCACGGAACAGCCCGUGCCGCAGGCGUACCUGUCGCUGGGUCAGGAUCGUCGCAAAGUGAACUAUGCAAAAGUCUAUGCGGGCUAUUACGAGACGGGACGUAAUCGUGUACCGUUCAUGAUGAUUGUCAAGAUCGGUGCUGUCAGAGAAAGAAACUCAUCGACUCGACCUCCCGGUAACCGUGGCAAGCGAGACUCCAUGGCCUUGGUACUGGGCUUCCUUGAGCGAUGCAUGAAUCUGGCCCAUCAUAGAAUGACGCCGCUCGAGUACGAAUUGUUCAAUCAGUGUUACAACAUUCUCGGCAUUGAUCCUCGUGUUUUCAAAUACUUGCUGGUCACCGAUGCCGAUCUUCAGUUGCAAGCGGAUGUUGUGCAACGGCUUGUGUCACGUUUGGAACGGGAUCGGCUCAUGCUGGCCGUGAGCGGCCAUGUCCGACCGGCGAACCCUGAAAAAAACUUUGUCACCAUGUUGCAAAUUUUCCCCAUUUAUCAAACCUUCUUUUCCGGUUUGGCCUAUGAAGCGUGUCUUGGCAGCGUCACCUCCAUCAAUGGCGGGUUUGUCAUGUACAAGCUGUGGGCCGACAGUCCGUUGAUCGACAGUUCCGACACCGUGAUUCCCUUGCAGAGUCGUAUGCCCACCAGUAUUGGUACGUCGACAAAAUCGCUGCGAUCCAAGUGGCCCAAAGUGAGCGAUGAAAUCAAUCCGUUUGACGACCCUUCUUCCAUUAAAUACGCGUCGUCUCGCCGUCGAGUUGCGGAGGAUGGAGUUAUUGUGGACGACGACGAUAACAGUAUGGAUGGCAUGACCAUCAGCACGCGUUCGGAAUCCAUUUUAUCCUUGACCCCGAAUCUCGAUGUACGCGCGUGCUGUAUUCAUCCCACGGUAUUGCGCGGAUUAACGACCCCCCAGCCGGAUACGUUGCACAUGAAAAAUGUGCUUUUACUCGGUGAAGAGCAGUACUUUGGCAUUGUUCUUUUACGUUCGCAUCCCGGUCAUCGCUUGGGUUUCGAACCUGAAGCGAUUGGCUAUGCUACGCUGCCUACCAAUUUUUUCGCACUUCAAGCGUUGAUGAGCCGAAAUCUGCGUGCGACUUUCCACAACCAAAUCGAGAUGCAACGUGUCGCGAGUCAACUUGGCUUUUCGUAUUGGGUAUUGUCCAUCACAAAACUGCUCGAUAUGAUUUUUUCCUUGCCCAUCAUCGUCUAUCUGUACAACGUGUAUAUUCGAUUCUUCAUCGGUUCCGGCUUGGCCUAUACCAUUAUUGCAGGCAGCUUUGCGUGUUUGGUGUUGUUGCACUUUGUGUUUUUUAUCGCACGACGUCAGUUCAAGUAUGUGCUGUGGUUUGCUCUGUACUGUGUUUUCUCCAUGCCGCUAUUUGCUAUUUGGUUCCCAUUGGUCGCGGCUUGGUCGAGCGAUUAUGCCGAACGAUGGUACGAUGUGUGGCCAACCCAAAAGGGUUACGGCGGCCGAUUGCAUGGUAUUAUCGACGACCCCAUUUUGGAGCCCUAUACGGAUCAGGAGUUUGAAGUCGUCAGUGAUCCUGACGAGCAAAAACUGAAAACAGAGGACGAAAUGGUGUCGCGAUUGCGACUGGGUGAGUUUGAGACGUUGGAAGCGGAGCGCGCAUACCGUCGCGAACUGGAAGAAGCGGCGGCCCUGGAUGCAAAUUUUACUGGCUUCACUGGCUUUGCCGGAUCGAGAGCUAGCACCAUGAUGUCUAGACGAUCGCAACCGGCUGGUAUCACGGAUCCCGAGAUCUUGCCUUCGCCGCCUGUCUCCAAACUCGUUGAUCAACGGUUCCCCUCGCAUCAAGUGGGUAAUACCAGCGGAUUUCAGUCGGUGGCCGCCGUCGUUGACACUUACAGCACAAUGCGAUCGGGGGUUCCACUGCAAAAGAUCAGUACCGUACCGUCCACCGAACAUCCAGAUCCGUUCUCGGAUCCACUGUCUCCGGCCUUGGAAGAUCCUUUUGACGAUACGUAUGCUACGAGCAGUCGGCAUCCUUCGCUGAAAGAACAUAGAUCUCGGUAUGCAGGUGGACAUCAGCGAUCGGGCCCUUCACAGACAUCCAACCCAGGCGUGUCCAAUGGUUCCGAAGGUGCCAGGUUUUACACUUUGGAUAUCGACUCGGGGUCACCGCGAGCCACAGUGAUCAACAAAAACCGAUCAUUGAGACACGCACGUUCAGUGUCCUUGACGGAACCGGCGCCGGCACGUCGACGACGGUCGUAUUCGGCGGAAUCCAUUCUGUUGCCUUGCCGUGAACCUGGCGACCAUCGUUCGUCGGUGUAUUCGACGACCUCCGUAGCCAGUUCCUGUCUCAGCCUCAAUCUCGAUACCAUAGCUUAUGACGAACCCAUGAUUUACGGAGGCGGACCGCGACAUAUCAUUGAUGCAUCUCAUACGCCGGAUGGGUCCAAUUAUUCCGCUCACGGUGAUAUGAUGGAAGGUCGAUCCAUGGCUCUGCACGGCAACGUUGGUCUCAAAAUACCCGAACGCAUGAACGCCAAUCUUCGUAAUUACAAUGGGCCUACUCCUCCACUUCCUAUCGUGCGGCAUCGUACCGUUCAACGUCACCCCUCUUUACAUCAAUCUUCCACUUCGCAUCAUCGACACCGUCGUGAUCCAAGCAACAUCACCAUAGACUCCUCUACUACAGCCUCUAGCAGUGCUGGCACUAGCAAACCUAAUCACCGACGCCAUGUCGGCCCUUGAAAACAUCCUCAUUCCAUCCCACUCCCUCUCAUCCUCCAUUUGUUUUUCCACCGUUUUCUUUUCACGUCAACGAUCUCUGUGUCAUUUUUUCUUAUUAUUUUUUCACAUACAUAGUUGCCUACCAACCUAAUUGCACACACUAAUUUGUAAAUUGAAUCAUUUUGUUUUUUAUUCCUGUAAAAACAACACACGG